AUAACACGCUUUUUUUCUCAAAGUAAAAUUCGUUCCUUUUUCGAACUGUAGACGUCUGUCGGAAGAUUCUAUCCGGUUUUUGUUCGCAUUUCUUCAAUCUCAGGAGCUCGUCCGUUCGAUUUUAGGGUUUUCUGGGUUCUUCGAAAUUUCUAUCGGUCCGGUUUGCACCAAGUUAGAGGUCAAACAAAGUAUUGCUUGAAACCCGGAAGCUGAGAGCAUGAGCAUAUAGGUUAUGCAUUCAACAUGCAGAUAGGGUCAACAGUCAUCGUGAACUCCGAGGCACAUCCUCAUCAGGGGGGUUUCUUUGUUCAGGAUGGAGGUCCAGGUUUAGCUCCAUCCACCUCAAAUCACGUUGCACUGCAGCAGCCUGUGAAAAAACCAACCCGGCAAUGGGCUGCUUGGACACACCAAGAGGAGGAAAGUUUCUUUGCCGCUUUACGACAAGUUGGCAAGAAUUUUGAAAAGAUAACUUGUCGUGUACAAAGUAAAAACAAGGAUCAGGUCAGACAUUAUUAUUAUCGUCUUGUGAGGCGUAUGAACAAGCUGCUGGGUCCAGGAUUAUAUUUGGAUUCCAAAAAUUCUAAAGAUACUAAUGCUGCUAUGCUUCGAUGGUAA